GGCCCAAGCUUUUCAGCGCUGCUCCUGGAGCGUGUGGGCCAAAACGCGAAUGAACAUCGACCGUGGAAGUUGACUGCUGAAGUACAAAGCGCUAGGCUGAAGUAUACGAAAUUCAUGUGAGACUAGCGAGCCGCGGCCUCACUAGCCAAAGCCAGCCACAAAAAACCAAAAACAUAAAUCAGGCAGCAGCAGCAGCUCACACAUACAUCGACAAGCGCCAGGAUCCGCAUCACCAUAUCCUUCCUGCCAAAUAGUCGCCACUGCUGCCGCCCCUCCCCGCUCCCCUCGCAGGAGUCACGCUUCGUUAAACGCUGCUCAAAACCCAUCAUCCAACUAAUAAAGCGGACGAUAAACAAGCGCAUUAAGUACCGAGGCGACCGAGCUAUUAACGCUAGUCUGGAUCCCGAUUGCUGAUUGGAAAGGAGAAACAUUGGCAGCAUUUCUGAUUAGGGGCAACAACACAGCAAAACAAAAUGCCGCCAAAUGCAAAAUCGGAAACGGACGCAAAACCGGAAGCGGAACCAGCGCCAGCGUCCGAGCCGGCAGCGGAACUGGAGUCCGUGGACCAGAAGCUGGAAGAAACACAUCACUCCAAAUUCCGUGAGGUGGACAGGCAGGAGCAGGAGGUGCUCGCCGAGAAGGCGGCGGAAGCGGCCAGUCAAAGAAUCGCACAGGUGGAAUCAACAACACGGAGUGCAACCACAGAGGCUCAGGAAUCCACCACCACCUCAGUGCCGGUGAUCAAAAAGAUCGAGCAUGUCGGCGAAGUGGUCACCGAGGUGAUCGCGGAGCGCACGGGGCUGCCCACAUGGGGCGUGGUGGCCAUCAUCAUACUCGUGUUCCUGGUCGUCUUUGGUAUAAUCUUCUUCUGUGUGCGGAGAUUCCUGAAGAAGCGAAGAACCAAAGAUGGAAAGGGUAAGAAGGGUGUCGACAUGAAGUCGGUACAGUUGUUGGGAUCGGCGUACAAGGAGAAAGUUCAGCCUGAUAUGGAGGAACUCACCGAAAAUGCCGAGGAGGGUGACGAGGAGGACAAGCAGAGCGAGCAGAAGCUGGGGCGCCUCAACUUCAAGCUGGAAUAUGAUUUCAACUCCAACAGUUUGGCCGUGACGGUGAUCCAAGCCGAGGAACUUCCCGCCCUGGAUAUGGGCGGUACCUCGGAUCCCUAUGUCAAGGUGUACUUGCUGCCCGACAAGAAGAAGAAGUUCGAGACCAAGGUGCACCGCAAGACACUGAGUCCGGUCUUCAACGAGACGUUCACCUUCAAGAGUUUGCCCUACGCCGAUGCCAUGAACAAGACGCUCGUGUUUGCCAUUUUCGACUUCGAUCGCUUCUCGAAGCACGACCAGAUCGGCGAGGUGAAGGUGCCGCUGUGCACCAUCGACCUGGCGCAGACCAUCGAGGAGUGGCGCGACCUGGUCAGCGUUGAAGGAGAGGGCGGACAGGAAAAGCUGGGAGACAUCUGCUUCUCGCUGCGCUACGUGCCGACCGCCGGAAAACUAACCGUCGUCAUCCUGGAGGCCAAGAACUUGAAGAAGAUGGACGUGGGCGGACUGUCUGAUCCAUAUGUGAAAAUUGCAAUCAUGCAAAAUGGCAAACGUUUGAAAAAGAAGAAGACAAGUAUCAAAAAAUGCACCCUCAACCCUUACUAUAAUGAGUCGUUCUCAUUUGAAGUACCAUUUGAACAAAUACAAAAAAUCUGUCUCGUUGUGACCGUCGUGGACUACGAUCGUAUUGGCACCUCCGAACCCAUCGGCCGCUGCAUACUUGGCUGCAUGGGCACCGGAACCGAGCUGCGUCACUGGUCGGACAUGUUGGCCUCGCCCCGCCGGCCCAUCGCCCAGUGGCACACCCUCAAGGAUCCCGAGGAGACCGACGAGAUCCUGAAGAACAUGAAGUAAGGCGGCAACAUGGAUAACCAAUGCAGACUUACAGCACAUCUAUCAAACGUAUAAAUGUAACCAAAGAACACGUACGCGAACCGUCAGACAUUGAAAUCGAAUGCAUCAUCAUCAGCUACAAAACGAUCCUCCUCACCCGAAACGACAAGCAACAAUCAGCGAAAUAUCGUAGUUAAUGCAAAAAUUGUUCAUCUAUGCAGUUAUCUCAACAUAAACAUACUGGAACACACAAAAUGCCGAUUAAGUAAUACCAUAGGUGUCUAAGUUAUAUCUCAUUGGUUGAACAGCAAAGCGAAGUGAAAGCUAUGAAAUCCUAUAUAGAAAGCAAUGUGCAAUGUGUCCCUUUCACUGGCCGGAAUCCCAAAUAGUUCGAUCGAUUUUACAUAUAAUCAUAAUCACACAUGAAUUCAUUCCGAGAUCUAUGAAUUUGUUGUUGUCCCUGAUUGAGAGUUUCCAAACUAUGAAAUUUACGAGUAUGUUCUUAUUAAAUGCAAAACUCUAUAUACUCAAACUAUUUAACGGAUGACCGCGAGAGUAUGAUUUUUAAAGGUUAAGUUUACUUUCGUUUUUAACUUAGUGCAAUGAUUAAAGGGAUCUUUCCGGUUUUAAAUUUGUUUUUCAAUCGUUGAAGGAUUACUAGUGAAUAAUAUUACUGACUAAUGAAUAUAUAAACAAACAAGCAAACAAGAACGUAAAGGCAACUUAAACUGUUAUGUAAAUUAUUUAUUAUGUUUAAAUUAUUGAGCAUUGCGUACUUAACUGUGUAAGUAUUAAUCUAUGUGUGUGUUUAAACGAAGUGAACAUGGCAGACAUAUUAACAAGAGGACGGAAGGGAAAUCAUAAAAUAUAUAUUAUAUAUAAAUAUUAUGUAUAACGACCUAACAGAAUCAGACGAAUAAGUAGAGGGGAAACCAAACAAACCGAAAACCAAAAGCAAAUAACAAAAGUUAAACUUUGAAGCGUGAUUUCAACGGAAUAUAUCAUCAGUUUAAACUUAAAGAAAAUAUCGAACAUUUUGCACAAUGGAUCAGAUUGGAAUAUUAAUUUAGUUCGAACGCCUUGGUUUACGAUAACUUAGUAGAGAUAUGGCUCAGUUUGGGAAAGGUUUCCAUUUCCGAUAAGUUUUUCCCUCGGUUAGCUUUGAAUUUUCGUUCCAGUUCAGAUUUUUCGUUCGGUAGCUUCUUCUUCUCGAAUAUUAAGGUUUCUACUACUAUCUAUGAGUCGUUUUACUCGUUUCCGACCUUACCACAUUCCCUGAUUUAGAAAUCAUAUUAGGACCUAAUGAAAAUAUACAUACUAACUAAAUGAUUAUGGCAAAAUGUUAAAACAGAAAAAGAAAUAUUAAGAACAAUAAUAGUUAUUACUAUUUAUAUUAUAUUCAAGUAUAUGACAUCUAAACAAUAUACAUUUAUAUAAACUUGUGCUCCUUGCUGCACAAGCCUACUAAGAAUUUGGGAUUUUUAAUAUGGAAAAGCGGCGGCAGCAAAAACUUCUACCUACCUAAAACACAAACUAGCUAAUUAAGCUAACUAACCGCUCGAGAGCCGAGCAUUCCAAUAUAAUCCGAUAUUGAAAUCGAAAUUGAAAUCGAAAUUGAAAUCGAAAUCGAAAUCGAAUUCGAGACGAAGGAUUAACAGUGAGCCAUGAUUUUCUGAUUUUUUCCAUAUUGAAAGUAAAUGAAAUUCAACUAAUACAUUAGAUGUUUUUGUCCUGUAAAUGGUAUAUUAUAAUGAUAAUGAUAAAGAUAAAGCGUAGUUAGGGAUCUGUGUAUCCCCUGUACACCCACUUACACAGUUGUAGUUAUGUUCACUGAAGCAGAAGAGUUAUGCGUAGGCGUACACAAAGAACAAAGAAUGCAAACUUACAAAUCGAGAAAAUACCAAAAAUAUUUAUGUAAUAUAAUUCAUCUAAAUUUAACAAAUCGACGUGGACGCCAGGAAGAACAAGUUAUGCAACUUAUUACGAGUAUUGUUCAAUAAAAAUAAAUAACUUUGCUUUUCCAAAUAAUUACUGUAAAUUAUCUCAAGCCCAAAAACAGCAAAAUAAGACACAGAUACCAAACUCACACACACCCACACACACAUAUGUAUUAUGUAUUAAACAAAUGGUAAAUUACUAACAAAAAUCGAAGCCUAACCACAACAGCAACAAAAUGAAACAAGAAAAAGACAACAAACUAUAUAUACUUGCAUAUUAAACAAAUUAUAUGAAAUUAUAUAAAAUGAUGUUGAUUAUUGAUUUAAAUUAAAACUGAGAAAGUGAAUAAAACAAAUUAUAUAUACACCUAUAUAUAAAUAUUAAACAAAACAAAAGCAGAACUUUCAUUUGUGUUUUCCUUUUAGUUGGUAUAACUAAUUACGCAUAAUACGAACACAGCGUUACACUGAGCGAAACGAAGUGCAAGUGUUAGCCCAAAAAGACAUGUACAUACACACCAAACAGCACACACCACACACCACACACCACACAUGAAAACACCCACGAACUGACCAAAAGCAAGUCGAACACAUGAAUGUACUAUAUUAUAUAUUGUAUUAUUUUCGAAAACGUUCUCAAAGCAAGCAGAAUGCAACGCAUAGCCCAUCACGAAAGCACAAAUCAGUAGAGAAAGGAAGUUAAAGUAAAUAAGAUACUAAAAUAGGCCAGAGAUUAAUAACGAAAACAAAAACAAAUGGAAAAACAAUAUAAGUAGCAGUCCAUGUACUUUUAUUUCCUAGAUAUGUAUGUAUGUAAUUUAUAUUCGAGGUAAAUCAGGCAUUAUGCAUUUAGCAACCACCAGACAAGAGCAUAAACCGCAUCUAGGACUCACUAUCGAGGCAGAUCAAAAGAUCAGGAUCGAUCAUCCUAACCUUCACCAUAGCCACAGCCCGAUUCCACUGGGCUCAUCCGAGAGAUACUUCGCGGAAUCGGGCUAGUAUACAUAUAGAGCGCACCUGAGGGAACGAUCGAAUAGCAAGUAAAGAUACAAAGAUACAAGAUAUAGAAAUAUGCGUUAUAGGUUGAACAGACCCAAGAUAUAGGACAAUGUUUGAUGUUGAUAUGAGUUAAUCUGGCCACCUAGCGUGCGCAUUAUAUGCAUAGAUACGAACAUGCAUACAUACAUACAUAGUGCAGAAGACAGGCCCUCUGAUAGGAUCGUUUUAUAUACCCAGGGAUCGGAGGAGAGGAGCAGAGGAGCAGAGGAGGGCAGCCACAUUAUACAUAACCAUCGACAGCACGGCAUAGUAUGAACACAGCAUACGGCAUAUACAUACAUACUACAUAGGUAUCCACAUAACCGAGCGAUAUGCAUACAUACAUAUACACCUGGACAUAAGGUCCACGAGUACUUUUCCCAGGAGCUAUCCAUCCUUCGGUUCAGAUCCACACGCUAUAUACCUACAUACAUAUAUACCUAUACAUAUAUACCUACACGUACAGAAACUCAUCCAGCACUUACACUCGCGGAUAUCAUUUUAUGACUCUUUCCGGAGUUUCGUUGUUUACGAUAAACUGUUUAUAGCUGUUUUUGAAUUUUAAAUAAAUUAUAUUUACUAUAUGGCGAAACAAAGAGUAACACUAAAGCAAACCCAUAUAUGAUAGUAAUAUGUAUAUGUUUUAAAUACUAUUACCAAACGAAUCUUAAAUUGAGGCUCUGCAAGCAGCGAUUUGCAAGCUAAUGAAGAAUAUUACUGAAUAAACUGCAUAUAUAUAUACACACUAAUGUGCAACUGUAUUGCAAGACAAGCAUAGCAUUUUAUUUCCGAGGCAAAAGAAUUUAACAAAACACACACACCCCCACACACUCCGGUGAACUCUGACCCCUGUGCACGGCUGUCUGGAAUCGCAGGUGAGCCGAAGGGAUCCCAGAAUUCGCCACAACCGUACUACCCCCUACAAAAGAAAAAAGAAAACCCCAAGACAAAAGAAACCGCCACAGAUAGAAGAUCUAUGUAAAACACUAGCGAUGUGAACGACACAGAGGAAUGUUUAUAAACAAUAAACAAAUGUUUGAAAACUAA